ACGGAGCUCGGCCCCCUUUUACCCAGCGCGCCUGAAUCCUUCCGCGCCACGCUUCCUCGCUCCCUCCCUCCGGCAGCUCGCCCGGCACCGCCCGAGCACUGACCCGGCACAGCCCGCAUGGAGCUCAUCAAUAUCCUCGAGAAGACCGUGUCUCCGGACCGCAAUGAGUUGGAGGCGGCGCAGAAGUUUCUGGAGCAGGCGGCCAUCGAGAACCUGCCAACUUUCUUGGUGGAACUUUCCAAGGUCCUAGCAAAUCCUGCAAACAGUCAGGUAGCCAGAGUUGCAUCUGGCCUGCAGAUUAAGAACUCUCUGACUUCAAAAGAUCCAGAUGUGAAGGCACAGUAUCAGCAACGCUGGCUAGCAAUUGAUGCAAAUGCCCGUCGAGAAAUCAAAACAUUUGUUUUGCGGACAUUGGGCACAGAGAGCUACAGGCCCAGCUCAGCAUCACAAUGUGUUGCAGGUAUUGCAUGUGCAGAAAUACCUGUAAACCAAUGGCCACAACUAAUCCCACAACUGGUUGCCAAUGUGACCGACCCGAACAGUACGGAACAUAUGAAAGAGUCAACACUGGAAGCUAUCGGAUACAUCUGCCAGGAUAUUGACCCUGAGCAACUUCAGCACAAAUCCAAUGAAAUCCUGACUGCAAUUAUCCAAGGAAUGAGGAAAGAAGAGCCCAGCAACAAUGUUAGACUGGCAGCUACCAAUGCCCUGCUAAACUCAUUGGAGUUUACCAAAGCCAACUUUGACAAGGAGACUGAAAGACACUAUAUUAUGCAGGUGGUCUGUGAAGCCACACAAUGUCCGGAUACUAGGGUACGCGUGGCUGCAUUGCAGAAUCUUGUAAAGAUCAUGUCUCUGUACUAUCAGUACAUGGAGACUUAUAUGGGGCCUGCGCUGUUUGCUAUCACUGUAGAGGCGAUGAAGAAUGAAAUAGAUGAAGUUGCACUUCAGGGUAUUGAGUUUUGGUCCAACGUUUGUGAUGAGGAGAUGGACCUUGCAAUUGAAGCAUCAGAAGCAGCUGAACAAGGAAGACCUCCAGAGCACACAAGCAAGUUCUACGCUAAAGGUGCCCUGCAGUACCUGGUCCCCAUCCUGACACAAACCCUCACAAAGCAGGACGAGAACGAUGACGAUGAUGAUUGGAACCCAUGCAAAGCUGCUGGAGUGUGCCUCAUGUUGCUUGCUACCUGUUGUGAGGAUGACAUUGUACCCCAUGUCUUACCUUUUAUUAAAGAACAUAUUAAGAAUCCUGAUUGGCGUUACAGAGAUGCUGCAGUUAUGGCUUUUGGUUGCAUCCUUGAAGGGCCAGAAGCCAACCAGCUCAAACCUCUUGUCAUACAGGCCAUGCCAACAUUGAUUGACCUAAUGAAGGAUCCCAGCGUGGUGGUUAGGGACACAACUGCAUGGACUGUGGGCCGGAUAUGUGAGCUCUUGCCAGAGGCAGCCAUCAAUGAUAUGUACCUGGCCCCUCUUCUGCAGUGCCUCAUAGAGGGACUUGGGGCAGAACCCAGAGUGGCAACCAAUGUCUGCUGGGCCUUUUCCAGUCUGGCUGAAGCUGCCUAUGAAGCUGCUGAUGUGACCGAUGACCAACAAGAACCUGCAUCUUACUGCCUAUCCAGCUCAUUUGAAGUGAUUGUGCAGAAAUUGCUGGAGACCACAGACAGACCCGAUGGGCACCAGAACAACUUACGAAGUGCUGCAUAUGAGGCAUUAAUGGAAAUAGUAAAGAACAGUGCCAAGGACUGCUACCCUGCUGUGCAGAAAACCACAUUGGUGAUCAUGGAACGGCUGCAACAAGUACUUCAGAUGGAGUCCCACAUACAAAGCACGUCAGACAGGAUACAGUUUAACGAUCUCCAGUCGCUUCUUUGUGCUACACUACAGAAUGUGCUGCGGAAAGUGCAACCACAGGAUGCCCUGCAGAUAUCGGAUGUAGUGAUGGCCUCAUUGCUUCGCAUGUUUCAAAGUACUGCUGGCUCUGGAGGGGUACAGGAGGAUGCCCUCAUGGCUGUUAGCACUUUGGUUGAAGUGCUGGGAGCAGAAUUUCUUAAAUACAUGGAGGCAUUUAAACCUUUCCUUGGCAUUGGGCUGAAGAAUUAUGCAGAAUAUCAGGUGUGCUUGGCUACUGUAGGCCUUGUAGGAGACUUGUGUCGUGCUCUGCAAACAAACAUUCUGCCGUUUUGUGAUGAAAUCAUGCAGCUUCUCCUGGAGAAUCUAGGGAAUGAGAAUGUUCACCGUUCUGUGAAGCCACAGAUUCUUUCUGUGUUUGGUGAUAUUGCUUUAGCCAUUGGAGGUGAAUUUAAAAAAUAUCUAGAGGUUGUUCUAAACACAUUGCAGCAAGCAUCCCAGGCUCAAGUAGACAAGACUGACUAUGAUAUGGUAGACUACUUGAAUGACCUACGAGAGGGCUGCCUAGAAGCAUACACUGGGAUAAUCCAGGGGCUCAAAGGAGACAAAGAAAAUGUGCACCCUGAUGUGAUGUUGGUACAGCCACGUGUGGAAUUCAUCCUGUCGUUUAUAGACCAUAUUGCUGGUGAUGAAGAUCACACGGAUAGUGUUGUGGCCUGUGGUGCUGGGCUCAUUGGAGAUUUAUGCACAGCAUUUGGGAAGGAUGUCCUUAAAUUGGUAGAGACUCGACCAAUGAUUCAUGAACUUUUAACAGAGGGGAGGAGAUCCAAAAUGAACAUGACAAAAACACUUGCUACUUGGGCCACCAAGGAAUUGAGGAAGCUAAAAAACCAAGCCUGACCUCACUAGGUGGGUGAUAUCCGAUAUCUCACUGGAAAUCUCCAACCUUUUUGAAAACACACAAUAUAUCCCGGAAGUGAGAAGUAUGAGCGGGUACUGAAUGUUUGGGAAUGAGAGGAUGAGUGAGUGAGGCUUCAAACAUACCGCAUGGAUAAUGCAACCACAGCAGUGCUGUGAGAAGAGCAGACUUCCUGGGAGAGAGGGAGAAGAACCCCACUAUGGUCUGCCAACCCCCCAAGAGGAGCAAGCGCAGUUGGCCUCCAUUAAGUAGGCAUCUGCUUUCACUGCCUUGUGGCCAGGGCAGAGCAAGAGUGACUGGUGUAACUAAUUUUUUUCUCAUUAGAACACAACAUAUGGCCCCAAUUUUCUUUUUUUUCUUUUUUUCUUUUUUUGUCCUCCACCCUGCUGAAGAACGCAGCCCAACCUGUCACUUGCUGCGCACCCUAUCUCUGAGAGCAAGGGGACUGAGUGGAAGGAUUCUCAGAAUGAGUGUGUGUGAGUGAGGAGGUACAGCAAAGUCGCAAUGUCUUCAGUCUGAACUUCAUUUGCAGUUUAUUCUGAUUCUGAGGAGAAGGCAUUCAGUGUUCUGAUUGCUUCUGGAUUCCCCUAGAUGAACAAUACAGCAUUGAUUCCAGAAGCACAACACAAGGAUUCUAUAUUCCAAAAGUUCUGUUUCUCUAGUUGAAUUUUAUUUUUACGUUUUUACUACCAGGGGUGCCAGCAGUAAUGCAGGGACUUGCAGACACGCCUGGCAGCAAAACAGUUGAGGGAAACACUGGCUUGGAUGUUCUGUAGUCCUAUAGUAAGCGAGCUGCUUGUGGCAUUAACUUACUUUUUCUUGAUCUGUGAAAGGGGUGGGAGCAGAGGAAUUGUAUAAAAUCAGUUGUGGGAACAGGAAAAGGUUAGUUCAGCAUACCGUGCCCUAUUUUUCUAGGGAAAACAAAAAAUAGAAUUUAAGAAUUUUUUUUUUUUUUUUUUUUUUUUACGUGUAAGAUUCAUCUUUCAGAAACUAACAGCUUUGUCCCUCAAAUGUGCCAAAGAAACAAAUCCAUUAAGACAUCUGCAAUGUGAAUAACUGUAUCACUGUGGUGGGAUAAUUGGUGGCACACUGCUAUGCACAGUUGUGCUCAGCAGUCUGUUGCUGGCCCCCUUUUGCAGCAAAGUUUUGAAACCAACCAGAUGAAACGAUGAAGCAAAAAAGUGAUGCUAUGCCAUAGAGAGCUACGCUACCUUUUAUUUCACUGACUAAUGUGAUCUUCAAUCUCCUGCACUUAAAUACAGAAAACUGAAAAAAAAAUAGUUUAAAGGAAAAUAAAUAAAAAAAAAUCUAUAAGUAUAUUCUAGAUACGGACUGGACGUACGUUGGACCAUGGCACUUGUACAAGGUUCUAUUUUUUCACUGCAGUUAAAGAUUAAUAAAAUGGUGUCAAACAUCCCCUGCCCUUCUUUUUGUGUUCUUGGUGUGAUCACAUAAAGGGAUUUUGGCGACUCCCUUCCCAUCCACACCUUUCCUUGUCCUGCCUCAAGUACAUGGCUUGUGGCAUCCUUACUAGGAUGAUUGAGUGUUUGGCUCUUUUUUUUUUUUUUUUUGUUUUGUUUUCCUCUUCAACUUGCACACACCGCUUUACUAUGCUAAAGGAAAAGACUCACCAACACAUGUUUUUCUUCCUUUUGGUUUAUUGUUUCCAUCAUUUUGGGAGAUGAGGAAAUAAACCUGUGUAUUUGAAACCCUGAGACUUGCGCUCUUUCUCCCAACAGUCUGCAUAUUUGCUCCAUGAGAUACUCAAUAGGUAUUUAGAAAUCCGUGUAUAACUGCUGCAGACUGUUAGUAUGUCUAAGCAAUCAGCCUGUAUAACAUAGCAUUAGUUGAAUAAUCCGCCAUAUACAGGCAGCAGGAUCACUUACCAUUCUGUGCCUUGUGGCUUCUGUUCAGUGUAACAUUCAAGGACUUUAACAGACUCUUACUAGAUAAUCAUUACAGCAGUCACUAAAAUAUAGAGGUUACUGCAUUCAUGAUUGACCUGACAACUCACUUUAGAAAAUAACUGAGCUGACCUAGGCUCAACUCUCUGGCACUGCUGGGGUAAACAGUUUUACACUUCUGUCACAUUAAGGGGAUAACUGGGAAGUAUACAGCUAAAUAUUUCUCUAUGCUUCCUGUGUCUAGGCUUUUGCCAUUUGUACACUGCAAGGAGAAUAAACAGUGACAUAGUGCUGUAAAUGAAA